AUGGAGUGCUCGUGGAAAACCGUGCUGCUGCUGGUGUGUGCGUCUCUGGGGGUGCAGUACACAGCCAUCCGCACCCUGAGGGACUCCCUGUCUGCACCCUGUCCCGGGGCGUACAGCUGCCGACAUCACCGAGGUAACAACCGACGCUCAGGACCGUCCCACAUCGACUCCAGACUGUUGUGCGACAGCUGGUCGUCCGUCGACCUUCCUCGUCGCCACAUCCUCCUCUUCGCCACCACCCGCAGCGGCUCCUCCUUCACGGGGCAACUCCUGAACCAGCACCCGGAGGUGUUCUACGUGUACGAGCCGCUGUACCACGUCCAACAGGCCUUCACCAACUCCAGCAACCGCGUCCGCCGCACACUGGACCGCAGGGCUUUGCUAGGCGCCUACCGCGACCUCCUCCUGAACCUUUACACCUGUGACCUUCACUUUAUGGAGAAUUACAUCCACCCGGAACCCCAAGAACACAUGACCAGCUCGCUUUUCCGUCGAAGUUCCAGCCACGCCCUUUGCUCCCCGCCCGUGUGCACCGAAAACCCCGAAGUAGCGUCCGAAGGUCCCGACGAAAGCUGGUGCCCGAAAAAGUGCGGCGCGCUCAACUUCACGUUAGCGUCCAUCUCGUGUUUAUCGAAAGCACGAGUCGCCAUAAAGACGGUGAGAGUUCCCGAGGUUGGAGACUUACGCACGCUGACCGAGGACCCGCGCUUGGACCUGAGAAUCAUUCACCUCGUGCGGGACCCCCGGGCGAUCCUGGCCUCGCGCAUGACGGCUUUCUCCGACCAGUUCCGAGCCUGGAAAAUAUGGAACGCUACGGGAAGACAACCUCGAUACGUCGAUUUGACACAGAUCACCAGUACCUGUAAAGACAUGUCCGCUUCUUUGACGACCGCGCUCCAGAGACCGGCGUGGCUACGAGGACGAUAUCUAUUGGUGCGAUACGAGGACCUGGCUCUUAAUCCCAAAGACAAAACGGAAGAUAUUUACCGUUUUGUGGGAUUGGACAUGGACGAGAGAGUUUUGACGUGGAUUAACAAAAACACCAACACUAACUCGGGUUCUCCGUCGGAUUGGAGCUACAAGUACUCGACCAGCAGAGACUCGAGAGCGACGGCGGAGAGCUGGAGGUUGAGGUUGAGUUUUGACAUCGUGAGGACCGUACAAAACCUCUGUAACCACACGCUGUCGCUGUUGGGCUACAGAUCUGUGCACUCAGCCGCACAGCUCCGCAACCUGUCCCAAAGUCUGGUGGAGCUCAGGACCUUCACCCCGACACUAUGA